AUGUCCGAGACCUCUUCCGCUAUCCCGACACCCACCUCCUCUUUGCUGCCCCCAGGGGUUGGCGGCGGAACAGACGACGAGAAGGAGGCUCGCAACAACGUCCCACAGUGGGGAAAAGAGGGAUGCGGGUACCCGCCCUCUGCCUCUGCUGCGCCAGCAGUCCCGAAGCCAAAGCUGCGGCUUCAUUUUGAGGAUCUGGGCAACCAGGCGUCAAAGCUCUUUAUCAAGUCUGUUCCGGACCCCUAUGUGGUCAUGCAGAAUGCGAUAGGAGAGAUCGUCAAAUAUCUCUAUACAUCUCCGCCUGCCUCUGCUGCUCCUCGCCGGCCAAUCCAGUUCAACCCUUCGCUGCCCCCAACCUCCUCUGUCUCCUUUAUCAUCCAUGAUUUCCAGGGAGUCGCAUUUACCAUCGGGGUGAGCUCGGACGACAACCAAAAGGAGAUUCAUAUGUCGCUCUCCUAUAUCGCCCAUGCUGGCUCUUACAAAGACACGGUUGCCGAGAUAGCCGGGAUCAUUCAACACGAGCUUGUGCAUUGCUAUCAGCAUACCAACCCACCUGGCAAAUCAACUCCAAACCCACCCUCUGGUCUUAUCGAGGGGAUUGCAGACUUUGUUCGCCUGAAGUCCGGCCUUGGAGCAGCCCAUUGGAAGCGCCCAACUUCUCUGGCCGACCUGCCCAAGAGAUGGGAUGCAGGUUAUCAGAACACUGCCUUCUUCCUCGAGUGGAUCGAGAAUGUCAGGGUCGGAACUGGAGCCGUGGGAUUGAUAAAUGACCGCCUCCUGAGACAGGGGUAUCUUGGUACCAACGGCGAGGUCUUCUGGAACGGCCUUUUUGGUCACGAAAUAGAGGAGCUGUGGGCUGGCUACGCUGAAUAUGUCGGAGGCCAGAAACCCAAGAUCCAAGAUUGUGGAUGCGGUAACAACUGA